GAAACAUAGCUUUAAGCUUUUAACAGUCAAAACUUACUACAACCCAGAUCAAUUGCAGGGACUAAUAUGGGGAUAACAAAAAUUUUAAUCAGUUAUAAUUUUUCUGUUCUUGAAAGGUAAAGUAGGACAGUGGUGUGAAAUUGGUGGAAAGAAAAAACAUCAGUGAUCUUGAGUAACUAACAAUCCAUCCGUGUAAAACGUGAUUGGAUUUGGGUCAGUAAUUUAAUGUACGAAUUACGAGGUGGCAGCGACUUUAAGUGUUGAAUGGUGUGCAACAUAGAAUCGCAUUGGCGCGAACACGAUGAUGAGGUCAAAGAUAGUGUUGUUUGGAGACUCCAUCACGGAGCAAUCGAUCCGAGAGAAUGGAUGGGGUGUUCCUCUUGCCAAUGCCUAUUCUCGCAGGGCUGAUGUACUUGUUCGUGGUUAUGGUGGAUACAACACUAGGUGGGCUAUGUUCUUACUGGGCCAUCUCUUCCCUCUGGACUCAACUAAACCACCUACUGCUACCACAAUUUUCUUUGGCGCUAAUGAUGCAGCUUUGUUAGGAAGAACCAGUGAAAGGCAACAUGUACCUAUUGAAGAAUUCAAAGAGAACCUCAGAAAAUUUGUUCGACACUUAAAGGAUUGCUCACCAACUAUGGUAAUUGUGCUUAUUACUCCACCUCCACUUAGUGAGGAAGGACGCCUGGCAUACGCAAGAUCCGUAUAUGGUGAGAAUGCUACUAAAAUACCUGAAAGAACAAAUGAAGUAACUGGUCAAUAUGCAAAUGCCUGUGUUGAGGUAGCAAAGGAAAUGGGCGUGUGGUAUAUCAAUCUAUGGUCCAAAAUGCAAGAAACCGAUGGCUGGCAAACAAAAUUUUUGUGGGAUGGAUUGCACCUGACAACAGAAGGAAAUGCAGUAGUCUACGAAGAAGUGAUAAAUGUGUUCAAUGAAGCAGGGCUUUCUGCUGAUAACAUGCCAAUGGAUUUCCCUCACCACUCAAAAAUUGAUUCCAAACAUCCUGAGAGAGCUUUCCAGCAGAAUGUUUGUGAUAUCCCAUUGUGACACUGCUUUGGUCUAGUCUAGCAAUUUUAUACCACGUUCUAUUUGAUGAUCUAGAUUUUCUUCCAGAACUAUAUUCGAGUUUAAUGCUUUGAUGAAACCACGGUGAAGAAUAUUUUUUGUAAUGACGUCUGAUUCAUGUAGUUCAUCUCAUAUAAUAAUGGAAUAAAACUAUUGUUGUUGUAAUGCUUUAA